CCCUUGGUCUCUUCGCCCUCUUUCCUCCCACGAGUUCCUUUCUUUGAUAUCCCGCUUUCCCCGUUGAGUAUUUCAUUCUGCAACUUCAAGAAAGUCUCUUGUUCUCAUCUCGAACUGCAUCUUACCAACUCCUCCCUGGGAGCACAUAAAAAUCGAAGGGGAACCACCUAGUUUAUUGCGACGGGCAGAUUCUGUCAAAGUCGAAUCUUCUUACAAUGGCUUCGUCACUGCGUGCGAAGUACAAGCGCCCUUCCCCUCUCGAAUUCAAAAAGCCCCUCCCGGAGCCACGUCUAUCCAUAUUUUCCACUCUCCCCGACACCGUCUAUCACCCGGAGGACGACGAAGUAGACGAUUUGGACGAUCCCAGCACACCUGAAACACCAAACGAUGCCGCUGGUAUAUUCAGAGGCUAUUCGCCUUCGAGUUCGUCGAGUUCUCUCAGCGCACGCGAGAUCAGCCCGCCUAUUACUCCAACAAACGAGGUGUAUCAUGGAAGGAAAAUCAAGAGAAAGGGUUCGAGUGCAAAUAUGCGUGGGAGCCCUGGUAUUAACUACACAAAUAAAGCCCGUCUCAGCAAAUAUGCUCAUCAGGCGCCUACAACUCCGACUACUCCUCUGUCUGGUCUCGAUGCUUUUCCCGCGAACGUUCUUGCUGUGGUUACACCUGCGGUAACACCAGCAGACAAUAAUAUGGCAGAGUUUCAAACUAUGCCUUUCCAACUUACACCUUCGCGCCCUUCGACGGCGCCCGAGCCAUAUAAAAUCGUCAUUGAUGAACGUGUGACUUCUCCUAAACCUAGUAGUGUUCUGGGAAUCGGCAUGAAAUAUCCUCUACGCAGACGUGGGCAUCUUUCCCAACAAAUGCCUAAGAAGCCUGCUGAGCCAAUCUUGGGAGAUUGGGACGUCUCCGAUGAUGAGCCUGAGAAGCCCCCACAGCAGUUGGAGCUCAAGCCAUGGCUCGCAUUGCAGGUUGUUAGAAAGUCUUCUGCUCCGGCUAUUCUUUCGUGUAAGAAUAUGGAGGAAACCGGUACUCUCGACUCGAUAUCUGAUACCACAUCCGAGCUGAAUUGCACGUGUGGAGUCCCGCUAUUGAACUUGGAUUCAAAUAGUAGUGACAACACAUCAGUACCUUCGAUUCACGAGAAUAUCAUUGAGGAAGAUGAAGAAGAUGAAGAUGAAGCGGGCGUGGUGAUUGAGCUGCCGGCAGAGCCGGUUGAAGUGCCAGUCGAGGAGGUCGUUGAACAGGUUGUGGAGGUGAAAGGUGAAGACAAAGCAAGGGCCAGGAUUCUAUCACAACCAAUGUACAGCCAAUCCGUUGUCGAUGUCACCAGUCCAGCCAGUUCUCCGAAGAAAUCGCCCUUUGCUUUUGGUGGUCAUCAGGAUAUAGAGCUCCCUCAACGUUCACCCUCCGCUCCAAUAGUAACAUCCAUGUCAACGGCCUCGUUCGACAUGUCCGAAGACUUCCCGGUUAUGUUCUCUGAGUUGCCGGUUGACGAAACAGAAAUUUUCAACAUCAUCCCGAACGACUAUAUUAUGGCCGACGUUCUUGGGAAGGACCUCGAGGAGCUCAACAAUUCUGAUUAUCAGAUUUCUCCAGCCUACGAGGAGUACUCAGUUCAUCCUGGCUGGCAGCAAUUCGACGAAGACGAGCACAAAUUAGCAACUGUCACUCAAAGCAAGACCGGUCUUGAUGAGUUGGUGGACAUGAUGGAUCCCGCUUCUCCUAUUGCAAAAAGCUUCCGUGAUAGGUAUAAUAGCACACCUUCAAUCCCCACAACAGAAUUAGUAGUUCCUUCCCCAGCAUCCUUCCGUCCAGGCUCCCGCUGGUCAGACUAUUCCGUCGACGACGAUGCCAAAGAGAGCUGGCGCAGCUCUGUCAUGAACCGCCUUCAUCUUCCCCACGUGGGGGUCGACUUAAAGAAGGCCGUCGCAGCCGCUAAAGGCGGGAUAAUCAGUCGUCGUCUCAAGACGAAUGUGGAAUCAUCCCUGGUAGAGGAGGAAACUAUGAGCAUCCACGGCAGUAGUCCAUCACCCAGGAACUCGACAGCAACAGAUACCGACAGCAUCGCUGAGACAAUGGUUACCGCCAUAACUGGUCCUCCACCAAACAACCGCAACUCCACCGCCUCUUCCGGUAGCGGAUUAACUGGGUUCAAGAUGGGACGAAUCGGCUCCGGUAGCUCCAUCAGGCAUGGAAAAGCGGCGUCUAUUAGGACCGUUGCCACUGGGCGAGCGGCAACCAUCCGAGGCGCAUCCUCCGACGAGGAACUCUCGGACGAUGAGCGCAGAGCUAAGGCCAGCUUCAAAGGUGUUUUCGAAAAGUAUGUUGUUCGCGAUGCCAAAAGGCGCAAAGAGGAUAGGCGGAGGGAAGAAUUGAAAAGGACAAUCAGAGUUGUUGGUGGUGGGAAGGGCGGUGAUUGGAUUUGAUACCGAUGAAUACUUUUUCCUUUGGAUUCUUUUUAUUCCCUUAUUCAUCUGGAGCUUUGAUUUUUUUAUUAUUCUUAUUUUUACUUUUAUUUUCACAAUUUCGCUCUCAACUCCUUUUUCAUUUGCAUCAUACACGGUGGGGCCUUAACGAUGUCAAUGCCAUUUACGACCUUUACGAGAUCCACGAUUUUCCUCCUUUCUUUCUUUCAAAAUUUUCUUUUUCACGACAUCUACGCUGAUUACGAGUCUUUUUUGUCUGGUCUGGUCAUGUAGGUAGCAUAGUUUAGCUUAGUUUAGUAUCGUCAUUAGACCUGGAAGAGGGCGGUGAGUGGUAGGGGCGAGGGGCGGAUUUGUUGGUUUGAAAAAAAGUUCUUUUUGUUGUUGUUAUUGCUGUUGAUUAGGUUAGUCCACUGUGGGUGGAUAACGCUCGAGUGUAGGAAGCUUGCGUGCAUGCAUGCGCAUAUGUUAAUAAUUCCAUGGGGCGGUUAACUUAUCGACCAUUCUUAUUUCUCUUCU